AUGGUACUUCAUCCGUGCUUCCACGUCGGGCACUGGGUGAAGCGUGUCGAAGCGAUGCUCGCCUGGGGAGAAGGCGGCCAAACCGGGGCAAGCCCUGUGAUGACGAGCUCGACUGGAAGCAUGCGCGAGCUCGCGCGCGAGGUGUUCUUCGGGCCGCCUCCAGGGAAGAAGGCGAAGGCGCCACAGCCGAGGCCCACUCUCAGCUUCUUCGCGAGUGCGUGUGCCGGGCUCGCACUCGGUGCGCUUGUUGCAGCGAAAGGACACCCGGAUUUGCCUGGCGGGCCGCCGCCGUCGCACUCAAGGCCGGGCUCCUCGUCUUCGAAGGGCAAGGACGAGCCGAGCGAGGCGGAACGGUGCAGUCCCGCGGCGCUGUUUGCGCUUUCGGAGCAGGCGUUCGGCUUGGCGGAACGUACCGCGUCGUACGACAUCGAUUCUGUGGUUACAAUGAUCCUGCAGCUGUUGUAUCUGUUGCACUGCUGCCCGGGAGGGACGAGUGUCCAGCAAGGCGUGUUACCGUUGGUGGGGAAGAUGAUCAACGUCGCGAGGAUGAUGGGGCUUGCGAAUGACCCUGAUGAGUUUCCGGGAACGUACUCGCUGUUUGAAGCCGAGACACGGAGGAGGGUGUGGUGGGACGUGUUCUACUACGACCUCUUUGUCUCGGACUGCAUGGGGCACCCGCCAUUGAUUCCAGACAACUCAUUCACGACGCAUCUGCCAGCGGACGUGGACGAAGAUGCAUUUGGUCCGAGUUCAUUAGUCUUGCCUGGCCCGUCUGAGGGCAACGAUGGCGCGGACCAAAGCUCUGCAUAUUUCUCACUCAAAUGCAGGUGA